GGCAGCCAUCUGGCAUUUUAAGUUAAACUUUCUGAGAGCAACAAUAUAAUCUAAGGUGGUGACAAAGACACAUGAAAAGAAUCGAGUGUGGCAAGCUGUUGAAACUCUUCCAGCUCAUGGGUAAUUUACCGCUUACUAAUGCUUCCUUUCACUGAUAAUACGGUUACUGCAGGAAGUGAGGCCUCCUUAUUCAGGGCAGCCGGCCUGACUUGUUUACGUAUUCUGUAACCCAGAUAUACUGGUAUUAUUUUACCAGAGCGUUUGAGGUGAAGUACUUAGCCGAAGGCUACCGUAGCUGUAGUACCUUGGACCUAGUACCCUUUCUCUUAAAGCCAAGCGCACCAAAACGUAACGGAAAGCGCAUUGAGGUGAAGGGAAUAAAAACGUAUCACCUAACAAGACAGAGUGUGACAAUCACGUGCUGAUGAUCUAGGGGCUGCACCGUCAGGUACUGCAGGAAUGAAUCGGAGUUGAUUUGCAUGCUGGGAAACUGGAGGCGUAGUAAAUUCACUCUGGCAUUGUGGGCGCCUGUCAGACAGCCUAACAGACAGCCUAAUCCACACUGUCAGUUAGAGAGUGUCUCUGCUUGUUAGGGGGGGACUGACAGGCAGAUUGCGAUGGGAUUCACACGCAGCUGUUUCCCCAUUGACAACGAAAACAACCGGGCUUUAAAUGCGCCCCUCUGGUUAUGCUGAGAUUGGCGACGGGUAAAAAUCCGGCACGGGGACCCGGGUGUCGCAUUUCACCACAGAGAAGGCCAGCGGAGCGACCAGCUCAGGCUGCUUAAAAUAGACAGCGCGCUCUAAACAUACAGCUGAAAAAAAGGCUCUCCGCGUCAAGAAGCGAAUUUUCUAGAAGCGGCACGGAGGCUGAUUAUGCGGCAGAGUGGGCUGUCAGAGAAAUUCUGGACGCUGGAUUUAUCCGCGUUUCGACCGGAGUGCUCCUCUGAAGACUGGCGCCGUGACACGUGGCCAUCGCGCCGCGUGCCUGUGCAGUAGGACUGUUUGGGAGUGUCGCGUCUGGUCUGUGUUUGCCUAGGAAGCGUAUUCCCUUAAAAGUGUUUGCUGCCUGCUUAACGCGUUAGCAAAACAAGAUUUCUGUUCCAUUACAUUUCUGCGACGGAGAACCUCCAUGCGCAAUGUAAACUGUGUGUCAAAUGCAACAAAAAUGAAAGGGCGACGAUACCAAAUAUGUUUUUCUGAAAAUUACAAGUGCUAAAAAUAGUCAUAACACGUCCACAGUGACAGCUUCUAAUCCCGCAACUCCACCAUGGCAACUGCAACAGCUCAAACAUAAGGAACUGUAAAGACUGGUGAAGGCUAAAGAGGCUCAGGCGUGGCUGAAGAUGAGGACCCUGAGGCAGUGCUUAUGGCUGCUGCUGCUCUGGUUCGCCGCGUGGCUUCAAUACGGGGCGGAGUGGGCGCGGCGGGUUUUCGGGAGCAGGACCCUGAGACUGGACCCCGCUGGUCAGAGGGCUGAUCACAGCGAGAGCAGGAAGCCUGAGCCCUGGCGGACUGACCCGGCGUGGAGGACCUACUGCGGCAGAGAGGGACCCACGGUCACAGUGCAGACCAGCACACACGCUUUCCAGGUUGACUUGGGUAGGCUGUCGGAGGCGAGCGAGUACUUCAGGGCCCUGUCCCGCUCCAGAAUGAGGGAGACGGCAGAGAGCCUCGUUCACCUGGAGCACGUGCCCUCGCACGUCUUCCACAACCUGCUGGAGUUCACCUUCCUCGGACGCUUCAGUGUCCCCGAGGAGGAGCUGGGCCUGCACAUCCAGAUGGGCAGCUACCUGCUGGUGCAGCCCUUCGUCUCAGAGUGCCUGAGCUCCCUGGCCAGCGUCUUAACCCCGGAGAACUGCGAGGCCUACCUGGCCUUUGCGCGGGAGAUCUGCUGCCUGGAGAUGCUGGAGGCGGUGCGGAGGUACCUGAGCACAAACCUGCUCGAGCUGGCACACCUGACCGGGAGGCUGGACCCCGAGGAGCGGGAGGAGCUCAUCCGCCUCAGGCUGGGCGGGGCCCGUCGGCUCUGCGCCCUGAGGAAGGAGAACCUGACCUCCGGCAGCCAAUCGGACACAGCCGCCGCCCGCCACCUCUACAGCCUGGCGGGGGAGGAGGAGGAGGAGGGCGGGGCCUGGCGCGCGGAGGCCGAGCUCCCGUUCGCGGCUGACAAGUGGUGCUUCACCACCGCCGUUCUGCACAACUACCUCUACCUCAUCGGGGGCUACAGACACAGGGUCAGGCGGGGGUACGAGUUCAAGAUGGCCUCCUUCAGAUACAACCCCUUCACCCACAGCUGGGUUUCCACUGCGCCUCUUAUCAAGCACCGGCGCCACUUCAGCGCGGCGGCCUGCGAGGGCUCCGUGUUCGCGCUCGGCGGCUGGUACCUGGACUCCCUGGUGGCGCCCGACUCCGGCACGGCGCUCUACACCGCCGUGGAGCGCUACGACCCCUGGGCCGACUCCUGGGCCUUCGUCUCCUCGCUGCCGCUCACCGACUUCCGCUUCGCCGUGUCCCUCUCCCACGACGUCCCGCUGGCCACCGCCCUGCGCCGCCGCGUCUACGUCCUGGGCACCGUCCAGAGGACCGGCGAGAAGCUGGUGCUGCAGUACGACGUCACGCAAGAUUCCUGGUCAGAGCUGCUCCCUACCCUGACCAGAUCCGACGCUGACAUCCCCAGCCUGUACUUCCUGGGGGCGACAGACAGGCUGUUCGUGAUUGGUGGGACCAACUCUGCGAACGUGGUGACAUCGCUGUGCGUGGAAAGCGGGCGGUGGGGGCGGGUGCGCGCCACCGAGAAGAUGUGGCUCGCGGGCCAGGGGACCGUCCUCAACGACCAGGUCUACAUGUCAGACGUAGAGCACAACUCCAUCGUCAGACUCGACCUCCGCUCGCUCGCUGUCCACCGCCUCCCACCCUUCCCAAUCCACACCAGCUACGAGGCCCUUUUCCAUCUGCACUUCUAGCACAGGCUCACAAGACUUAAAAAAUAAAGACUUAAACCAAAGCAAAUGUGACUAUUGCCAUUGAAUACCUGAGACCAAAGAGUUCCUUUGUGACAUCACACAGCUUCCAAAGCUCCCAAAGUGCACCUGUGACGGUCAGUAAAAGUCACAUAGUGUCUCCAUACCAGAAUGAAACGGCUCGUGACUUUGAUUUUGGUCCGUGUUUCUGUCCAGGAGUAACUAACGGAUCUGCAUCCUUGCGGGACGGAAGCAUACUAAGGUUGUGAAAUCAAAGCAGGCCAGGUGACUUUGCUAUGAGCUCCAAGGUUGCCAUGGUUCACUACAACGGAAUGCAAACUGCUUUCUCCAGUGCAGCAGAUACUGCCCUUUGGAUUGGAAGGUGGUGCACGAGACAGAAUGCAUUAGCUUUCCACCAAACGGUCCUGACCCCUUUACCUUCAGCGGGCUGACAGGAGAGGUGAAGCUUGAAUUAUUGUUCAGUAAACAAUCCUCCUGCUGUUUGCUCUAUCAGUGACAUGGCUGAACGCAACUGACCUCGUGAAAAAAUACAGAGGUGGCAGAGAGGAGUAUCAGAGGGUUAAGUUUUAAAAAGCUGGCUGUGUUCCAAAUAAACACUUAUGAGCCAGCUCAAGAGCUCUAUCUUUCUCUGCUUCCUGCAGUCUUUAACAUGCUCCUAGCCUAGAAAGUUAU